AUGGAGCUACUAGCCAUAGCAGGUCUGCUCUGGGCCAUUAGCAAGGCUUUAAUCACAGCAUCAUGGGCAGCAUUGAAAGCGCCCAUGAUAGGCCCUCGCGGUGGCGCAACAGCCACGAAGCACAUAGUCGCCAUGGCCGUGCGGACAUUCUUCGAAACUGUCACGAUAGACCAGUUCCGGUAUGCUUAUUCUCCUGAGACCUCCGCUCGGCUUCUCGAAGCGUGGGCACGUCGCACAAACACGACCCUAAAGACCGUCAAGCUGCCUGACGGAACCACCGCGUUCUGGCUAGGCAAUCCAGACGCCGAGCGACUGCUCCUCCAUUUGCCAGGCGGCGCAUACUGA